AUGUACCAUUUGCUUCCAAAUGGAAUAACUACUGAAAUUAAAGAAUUUAACUUUGAAAAAAUUGAAAGAACUGAGAUAGAACAAAUAAAACAAGAAAUAACAAACCUAAAAAAAUUAGCUAUUGAACAAAGCGAAAAUAUAAAAUACCUCGCUGAAGCAAUAAAAAUCUAUCAAGAAAUAAAUAACACACUUCACCUCGAAAAUGAUGAAUUAAAAAGAAAACUUGAAGAGCAUUGA